AUGCUGCUUCUCCUGCUCGGCUGUCUCCUACCUGCUGCCAAUGGGAAGAGCUGUCUCCUCUGCUGGCCAGGACUGCCUGCAUUGAUAGACUAUGAUCUGCAGAUUCUUUGGGGCACCCCAGGGCCACCCACAGAGCUCUCCCAAAAUCAGAACCGUAUGGAAGAAGCAGCAGCCAAAUUAUUCAAUCACAUAGAUGAAGCCAUCAAGAAGUUCCGAGAUAAUAAACCAUCACUUUUGGAAGAGAUUCAUAUCCAGCAGAAGGUGUUUACUGAGAAGCUGGAUGAGAUAUCUGAGGAGCUGAAGGAGAAGGACCUACGCUCCACACUGGAGGUCAUGAACUGUGCCAACUGCAAGACACACUUCCUCACCUGCAAAGACCCCACUCUUUGCGCAGGCCACCAGAUUAAAUGGAACCUCUUAGUCCUCCAGGCACAGUUCUGCCCAUUCUCCCUCAACCUCAAGCCCUUCGUCACAGGUGCUCCCAGCCUUGUCCUUGACUCAGACUCUGCUCUGAGACUCAAUGCAACCUAUCCAGCAGCUUUGAAACCACUGACAGGUCCAGAGUCCUGGUCAUCAGGUCAACCCCUGAUUGCUGAAAGGAAGCAGGUCUGA